UGCGAAUUGAAUAUUGUUUGUCAGACACCUCGCCAGUCGUCCCUGUUCAUCAACUACGCACUUGAUUGAUUACAUCCCCCAUUGAGUACAAAUUCUAUGACUUCCCGUGCAGGUGAAAAGAAAGUCGAUCUCUGGUCACAGAUCGCAGCAACUGAAUCGGAUAAUGAACUUCAACAGCAGCAAACCGCCAUUGUUUACAAACGCAAACAAACCCAAAAUGAAAGCCUACCAACCACGAAGCAGGUGAGUUCUAUUCAGAAGAAUCGGGUGAGUUUGGUUCCAGGGAAGAGGAUCAGUUGGAAUCGUUCUCUCUUCAUCAGAGGGAGGACAAGUAUUGCUGUUGCUGCCUGUGUUGAAUAUGGACCUAAAAAGGAGAAGCAUAUAAGAAAACAGAAGCCUCCCCUUUCUAGAGCAAAAGGUGCACCACCUCAAAACUUUGAUAAGGAGCGUGCAUACUUUGAGGAGGUUGAUGCAUUUGAGUUGUUAGAGGAAAGUCCUUCACCUCAAUGCAAGACUUGGGUUAUGGGAAACAAAAAUUAUAUUCCUCAAUCAUCACAUAUAUCAUCAGUUUUGAAAAAAUGGUUACUUGCCCACAAGCCAGAUCACAGUUGUGGACCCUCUACUUCACUUUCCAGGAUCCUUGACACUCCUUUAGGGGAUUCUAUUCAUGAUGGAGUUUUGGAUUUAUCAAGCUUAAAAACUUCUUUAGAAACACUUUCUCAGGCCAACAAAGGUUUCAAGUCAAACCAAAAUAAGAUUGUGGGAAGUGAUGUUCUUCAAAGUCAUAAUACCUCUUCCACAAAGAGAAUUCAGGAUUUGAGUGAAAAUGAUUCUGAAGAAAUUGAAUAUGUGAUUCGUAAUCUCUCUCUAUCAUCCCAAAACUCUUUGAUUGAGCAACAAUGGGAUCCAUUAUUAGCACUCUUAGCAGUUUGUGGACAGUCUUCUCCAUCAACAUUUUCGGAUGUGUUAUCUCAAUAUUGUGAUCUCCAAAGUAUUGCAAAGGUAGGUGAAGGUACAUAUGGGGAAGUUUUUAUUGCUGGUGGAACUGUUUGCAAAGUUGUUCCAUUUGAUGGAGACUCAUUAGUGAAUGGGGAAGUUCAAAAGAAAGCUGAAGAAUUGCUUGAGGAGGUUAUGCUUUCACUGACCCUGAAUCAAUUAAGGGGACAUGAUAAUCAUAUUCAUAAUGUUUGCCCUACAUUCAUACAUACAUUAGGUUUAAGGGUAUGUACGGGUGCUUAUGAUGAUGAGAUGAUAAGAGCAUGGGUAGAAUGGGACAAAAAGCAUAAUUCAGAGAAUGAUCAUCCUUCAGAGUUUUCUGAAAAGCAGCGAUUUGUUGUGUUUGUUCAAGAACAUGGUGGACAGGAUCUCGAGAGCUUUGUGCUUCUGAGUUUCAGUGAGGCACAAAGUUUGCUACUUCAAGUUACUGUUGCUUUGGCAGUGGCAGAAGAUGCAUUUGAGUUUGAACACAGGGAUUUGCACUGGGGGAAUAUUCUGUUGAGCCGAAAAGGUUGUAAAACAUUGGAGUUCGUUCUUGAUGGGAAGAAAAUGCAUGUCAAGACACAUGGACUUGUGGCAUCAAUCAUUGAUUUUACACUUUCAAGGAUCAAUACUGGUGAAGAUAUUUUAUUUCUGGAUCUAUCAUUGGACCCCGGACUCUUUGAAGGCCCGAAAGGAGAUGAACAGUCGGAAACUUAUAGGAAAAUGAAAGAAGCCACGGAAGAUUGCUGGGAAGGAAGUUUCCCAAAGACAAAUGUGUUGUGGUUGCAAUACCUGGUUGACGUUUUGCUGCGGAAAAAAGUUUAUGAUCGAACAUCUAAAGAUACGAGAGAGUUGCGUUCUCUGAAAAAGCGGUUAAACAGUUACGAGUCGGCAAAAGAAUCGAUUGUUGAUCCUUUCUUCAGUGAAUUGAUUGUUAAUGAAUAGUAGGAAAUGAUUGUGAAAGGUUCAAGUUAUUUUCGACCUUUUUUUGGUUUCUAACUUUGAAAAGAAUAUCUAAGAAAGUGAUUUGUUCAUAUGGCAUCAUGUGCAUGUGUGUCACCUUAUCUAAAAACCGGC